AUUGUUUUUUUUUUUUUGUCCUUUCUGCUGUAAGAAUGUUAAGUUUCAUUGUAUUGCUCUGUAGGCUUUUGUGCUUAUUAUGUUUCCUUUCUUAAAGCGGAUUCAAAUAUGGAGGAGUUUCGAGUAAACGACCAGAGUGACACCAGUAGCCCCAUGCCAGGACUGGCAGAGAAUCAAAACUGCAAAAGUCCAGACGGAUCUGAAGACAAAGGRGGAGGUGGUUUCGAUGAGGACCAGCUGAUCCGCUCAGUCGAAGCUCCAGAAGGACCACACUGCAGUGACCAGAGCGAGGAGAGCUCCACGUUAGAGAUUUCCAACCAACAGCAGCUCAACAACUCUGAAGAGAGGCCUUUCACCAGUGACCAGUGUGGGAAUGGAUUCAAACGAAUGGCAUUUCUGCUGGAUCAUGUAAAUUUUCCCACUGGUCACAGGCCCUACGCCUGUGACCAGUGUGUGAAGGCCUUCAAACAAAAGGCACAUCUGCUGGGUCAUCUACGCACUCACACUGGUGAGAAGCCCUACACCUGUGACCAGUGUGGGAAGCGAUUUGCAAGAAAGAACAAUCUGAAGGCUCAUCAAAGAAUCCACAGCAGAGAGAAGCCUUAAUUCUCUGAACUGUUGACAUCUCAAAGUCCAACAGCAAACACAUUUGCUGAUCAACGAAGCAGAAAGCUUGAAGUUUCCUGAGAACAAUUAUAAUAAAACUGCAAAAAAUAUAAAA